AUGGGUCUACCACAGGACUACGAGACAACCAAGAUGGACGAAACUCAGGUCACAAUCCCCUUUCCUGCACCAACGAAGCAAGUCGCAGGCGAAGUGAACGGUGUCAAGACCGACGUGAUGAGUCUCUCUUUUGCGGACAAAAUCAUGAUCACGGUCACACAGAACGGCAAAUUGUCGCAAUGGGUCACGGUGCCGCUGCUCAGCGACAAUCCAACACAUUUAGAUCCCUAUUUCCAAACGAACCGCUCUGGCGACGACGCCCUUCUCCCAUCGACUCGCUUCUCUCCACGGGUAUUGCUUGGGGCUGGUGGCCCUGACCGCGAGGUGAUGGGCCAGCUGUACGCCUCUCAGAUUGCAAACGCCAUCAUCACCAAGACGCCGGAGGAGAGCCGACAGCUCAUGCUCGGGUUGGGCCUCGCUAACGUCGCACUGGAGAGAGAUGUCUUUCUACAAAUCGUUGAUCUCGUUCUGUCUGUGAUCUGA